AUGGCUGCCACGGAUGUAGACAUAUUUCCCAUUGAAGAAAAGCGAACCCUUGACUUGGGGGGGCGCGUUGGCUUUGACAGUCUUCCUGACCAGUUGGUUAGUAAAUCGGUAACACAAGGAUUCUGCUUCAACAUCCUCUGUGUUGGUGAAACCGGUAUUGGCAAGUCCACUCUAAUGAACAGUCUUUUUAACACGACAUUUGAGACUGAUGAAGCCAACCACUACCAGAAUGGCGUAUAUCUGAGACCCAGGACAUAUGAGCUGCAGGAGAGCAGCGUCCAGCUCAAGCUUACGAUCGUAGACACGGUGGGGUUUGGGGACCAGAUCAACAAAGACGAGAGCUACAAGCCCAUCGUCGACUACAUUGACAGCCAGUUUGAGAAUUACCUUCAGGAGGAGCUGAAGAUCCAGCGCUGUCUCUUUGAUCACCACGACACGAGGAUCCACAUCUGCCUGUACUUCAUCGCCCCCACUGGACACUCACUGAAGUCUCUGGAUUUAGUCACCAUGAAAAAACUGGAUAGCAAGGUUAAUAUUAUACCUAUCAUAGCCAAAGCCGACACAAUCUCCAAGGGUGAACUGGACAAGUUCAAGAUCAAGAUUAUGAGCGAGCUGGUCAGCAAUGGCGUCCAGAUCUACCAGUUCCCCACAGACGACGAGGCCGUCGCAGAGAUUAACUCGUCCAUGAAUGCGUACCUGCCCUUCGCCGUGGUGGGAAGCACAGAAGAGGUGAAAGUGGGAAAUAAGCUGGUGCGGGUGCGGCAGUACCCCUGGGGCGUGGUGCAGGUGGAAAACGAGAGCCACUGCGACUUUGUUAAGCUGAGAGAGAUGCUGCUCCGCGUGAACAUGGAGGACCUGCGCGAGCAAACGCACGUACGGCACUACGAGCUGUACCGCCGCUGCAAGCUGGAGGAGAUGGGCUUCAAGGACACGGACCCUGACAGCAAACCCUUCAGCCUACAGGAGACGUACGAGGCCAAAAGGAAGGAGUUCCUUGGGGAUCUCCAGCGCAAGGAGGAAGAGAUGAGGCAGAUGUUCGUCAGUAAGGUGAAGGAAACAGAAGCGGAGCUGAAGGAGAAGGAGAGAGAGCUGCAUGACAAGUUCGAGCAGCUUAAGCGGCUGCACCAGGAGGAGAAGAAGAAGAUGGAGGAGAAGCGGCGGGACCUGGAGGACGACCUGAACGCCUUCAACAGGAAGAAGAUGGCAGCAGAGACCUUACAGGCUCAGUCACUGCAAGGAUCCUCACAGCAGCCCCUCAAGAAGGACAAGGACAAGAAAAAUUAAUAUGUGGGAACAGCCAGUCCAGGCCAGCUGCAGAUUUGUCUUCCAUCACCAUAGCGACGUAAAGCCGUUUUCACCGUUUUUCUGUUGUGACCUCAUGACAUUGUGUUUGUGGACCAAAGACCAUGAUGGACAGGGAACAGUGGACUGUGGAGUAAUUUAACAGCCUUACUUUUUAUUUGUAUUUAUUAUUACUAUUAUUAUUAUUAUUAUUGCUUUUUUUUACAUCAGCCAGGUUGUCAAACAUGCAGGACUUUUAAAUACUACGUUUUAUUUCCAAGAUUGAUUUACGAUCGCGGAUCAGAAGGGAAAAAAUCUAUGCAAAAUAAGUGUGUCAGUGCGUUCCUGCAGGUAAGCUGAGUUUGCUAUUUAACGUACUGUGUGUAGAUUAGCACUAAAGUAGCGUUAGAAAGCUUCCUUUGUACAGUAUGAAAUAUUGUCUGAGCCAUACUGAGUCUGAACUACCUUCAUGUAACUUUGUCUAUUUAAAAGGUAUAUUACAUGUAUAUUUAUAGUUGCAGAAACAUAGUUAUCACUGAAAUUCUGAAUACAUUAAUGAAUCCAUUGCUGUUUUAUAUUAAUUCCAGAUUUGCGUGUGUGUGUUUGUAUCUUAAGAAUGUAGUUUCAGGUAGAAUGUGUAUAGGUGUUACAAUUAGACUUUCUUUAAUAUUUACAUUCAUAGUACAUAAUAAAUAUGACUUUACAGAGUCAAAUGAAAGGAGAAAUGCUGAACACGUCUUGGGUUAGGAUAUAGAGUAUCUUUAAACUAGGAACAACUGAAGGCAUUUUUACUGAAGAUAAAGUUAGAAAAAUCACAGUUCUGUACUAGAUAAGAAGCUGGUAUCACUGAAGCUGACAUUCACUUCAGAAUUGGGUCAGUGGUGUGUCCAUCCAUCCAUCCAUCCAUCCAUCCAUCCAUUCUCUAAGCCAGUGUUUCCCAAUCCGGUCCUCAGUCACCCCCAGACGGUCCACAUUUUUGCUCCCUCCCAGCUCCCUGCCAGACAGUCUGUGGGUCCCCAAGGGCCAGAUCGGAAACAUUGCUCCAAACUCUUAUCUUUGUUAGGGUCACAGGUACAUUUUGUCCUGUCUUUGUCAAAUUCAUUGAUUAAUCCCUUAUGAUGUGUAAUUAUAGGUAAUAAUCAUUUCCUUAUUAUCUCGGUGUGUUUUAUUACUCCCUUUUCCAUGUAAAGCAGCUCUGUAACAGGAUCCCUCUAUAUAUACUUAAAUAUUACAUGAUAUGAAAUGAUGGCUAACAAACAUAAACAAGUGGUCUGUAACUCUAAGGUGGAAUGCAGGACAGAAAGAAUGGGCUAAAAGUGGUGCUGCUUCCCGGCAGCUUAGGGAAUGUGUGGAAGCUCCCAUCCCCUCUCUCUGCUCCUUAAUCACAAAUGCACAUAUGGUGAUUUGAAAGAGGACAAACAAGGGUUCUCUGCAAAGCCCCGUGAAAAAGCUUACAGUGAGGCCCAGAGCCAUCCGCUCCUGGGCAGCCUCCUGUUCAUAAGCAGGCAAGCGUGCCGUUCCUCGGCGAAGCACAAAAAGAGGGCUGCAGUGGAAUUUGCAAUGCGUGUCUUUAUGCAUGGAUAUAUAUUUAUAGUCCUGUGGGUAUGUACACUUCCUUGUGAUCUGUGGGGUUCUGUUUCACGUUUGUGAAAAAUCCAGAUAUUUUAAGAAGGUACACGGACAGUAAAGCCAGAGUGCGGAUGUUUGAGGGCAGUAAACACGAGCAGAGGCCCCGGGGCUCCUUGGGGCAGAACCACCAGAGGUGCAGCAGAGUAACUACUCGACACACUUCUCAGUAACGCUUCUCGAUUGGCCUGGGGACGCCUCGGCACCCCCCCCCCCCAAAGAGCUGAUAGAGGUAGCUGGGGAGAGGGGGGUCUGGGUAUCUCUCCUGAAGCUGCUACCCCCGCGACCCGAACCCCGGACAAGCGGGUGGUGAUGGAUGGAUGGAUAUGGGUGAUAAAGAACUUGUUUCAGAUUUUUGCCACGUUUACUGUCAAGCCAUACUAAUGUUAAAAGACCAACAUGUUAUUAACACAGAACAUCAGUAUUAACGGGAUGAAACGGCUCUGCUGCUAUUUUGUAGCCCUGUUUGCGUUAUUCCAUCUCAAAGGUUUUUCUUAAUAAUAGUAAGCAUACAUAAAUAUUAGCAAAAUUAAUUUAUUCAUACUUUUAGACCGAUAAAGAAGACUGAACUUGUGUUAUGUAAGCUGGUAUAUUAUUGUUUUUCUGGAAACUGCAUAUGGUUAGGAAUGGUUUCGUGAGAAUUAGCGCGGCAAUAAUCCUGUAUUUCUGCCCGUUAGAAUCACAGUUGGUACAGCUUUCAGACAAGCUUCCUAACAUUCCUAAAAAAUAAACAGAAGAUUACAGGCUACAUGAGAAAAUCCUUCCUUUAUUAAAUGAAUGGCUGUCUUUGUUCUGUUGCACUAGUGACCUUUACUUGCUCAAGCAGGGCCUAUUCAAAAAAGAAUCAAACGCCACAGUCACUACUUGUGUGAAAGAUCAGCAGUUUCUCAUUUAAAAAUGCAGACCUGUGUCAGGGAUUUGUUGCCCGACAGUUUGUUUAGCAUCCAGUCCUACAACAAAUGCUGCCGAUUGUGCCGGUGGGUUGUCCUGUAAUAGCACAGCAGCGGUAUCAUGGCCACCGUGUUCCCUUCCCUGGCCAGUCACCUGAUGUUCUGCUUUCUUCUUCCCCCUGUAGCUUCUUUAGUCUUCCAAGCUCAUGCUCCUUACCCUCAGGAAGGAAUUUAAAUUAGAAGAUUUUUAAAAGCCCAAAUCCACGCCCCCUCAACCACCACAAGCAGAGGAGUGACUUUGGCUCUUGUCACACUUGAGAUUGUUAUAUAUUCAGCACUUUACAUGGUGUGAUGUUCAUGAGGGGGUGUAGGGUGUGAGAGGAAUGUCGGCUUGGAGCUCGAGGUACCUGCGAGCCUCCGGUUGCCCCCAGCACCGUAGCCCAGCCCACUGUCUCCCACCGCUCCACGCUGGUGCUUGACGUCAUGACUUCCUGCGUGACGUCAGCUCCACGCUUGCUUGACACAUGCUUCUGUCAUUGUAACCGGUAAGCUGCAGUUAUAUGGGUUGGUCAUUUUUUCAUAUCUACACUGUCAUUGUGCCUGUAGACGCCACUGGUCACAAGGUUUCGUGGUAAGGCACGCUAUCGCCGCCCUGCAGGAGGCCGUUGGCGUUUGUAUAUACACUUACAUGUUGGUUUUUCAUUUUCACUCCUUCCCAGAUGUGCCCGUGUUGUGCCAAAUGUGUCAUUUUUGGAUUGUAAAUGCAUUAUUCAUCAGGAAUAUUUAUAAACCAACUAGCAGUUAGAAAAGAUAUACACUUAUUUAUAAAAAAAACAUGAAUUUUGAAAUUGAUAUCCCCAAAUUGCUAUGAAUAGUUUACGUAUGGUACAUAUUUGUAUUUGCUUGCCAACAAUAAAGCCUAUGUUUUUAAAAAUAAA